AUGAGAAUAGUUAAAGUGAUUUCGCUGAUAAUUUUGAUGAGUUUUAUUGCAAUUUCAAUAGCCAAAGAUUCAGAUGUGAUAAAAAUAAUUGAGGUUAUAGUUAAUGACAACAGAACUAGCCAUAUUUCCUAUGUAAAUUUAUUAACGACAGAAAAUUAUUUAAAAGAUGUAAAUAGAAGUGACUUUAUGGCGAAUUUGAUGAAUCAAAUAUCAAAAUCAAAAACUGUCAUGCUAAUUAAUGAAAAUUUUAUGGAUAGACUCUCAAAGAAAAGGAUUUUAUUGACUGUCAUUUUUACAAACUCGCUGGAUGAAUUUAUUAAAUUAGCAUCGAAAUUUUCUCAUUUAACUUUCAAUUAUGCUGGAUAUUACGUAAUCUUAUUUGAAAAUGCCAAAGAAUUGGAAGUACAUCAAGUAUUUCAAAUUUUAUGGAGCCUUUAUAUUAGAAAUGUGAAUUUAAUUCGAUGGGUUGAAGAAUCAAUCAUUGUCGAGACUUUCUUUCCAUUUACUUCUACUUACUGCAACAAGACACAUCCAGUAAAAGUCGCAGACUAUGAAAAUGGAAAUUUUAGCUUCAAACCCAAUGAAUUUUUCCCAAAAAAGUUUCAAAAGUUCUACAACUGCACAAUCAGCAUGACAUCAUUUACAGCCUUGUCACCAUCUGUAUUAAAAAGAGAAUUUAGUAAUGGAACCUUUGAACUUUAUGGUCGUGACAUUGAAAUGUUGAAAACACUUUCAUUUGAGCUCAAUUUCUAUGCAAAUAAUACUUAUCUGCAUCCAUUUGGCAGCUGGGGUGUAAUGUCUCCUAACAAGACAUUUUCAGGAGGUAUAGGAAUGGCACAGAGACGAUCGACUGAUUUUGUGUUUGGAAAUAUAAAUUUAAAGCACGAUCGUGUUGAAAUUAUGGACUUUUGCUUCGGCUAUUACUUAGAAAUUUUGGUAUUUGUUAUUCCACGUGGACUGCCUUUCUCUCCGUUCCAUAAACUUAUAAGACCAUUUCAUAAUUUUGUAUGGAUAUGCGUAUUAAUGGUGCUUGUGGCUUGUGUAGUUGUUAUUUUAAUCCUUUCAUUCCUGCCGAAAAAAUUUAAAAGUUUUGUGUACGGCGAGAAUGUCACAACUCCGUUCCUUAAUGUCAUAAUUGCUAUGUAUGGUGGUGCUCAAAAUAUUUUACCGAAAUACAACUUUUCAAGGUCUUUAUUGAUGAUGUUCCUACUGUUCUGCUUAGUUCUUCGUUCACUCUAUCAAGGCUCACUGUUCAAAUUUCUACAAGCAAAUGACAAUCAGCCAGAAGUUGCUUCAAUUGACGAAAUGGCUGAAAACAAUUUUAAAUUUUAUAUGAUUCCUUCUUACGAUGACAUGACGAGAAAUAAUGCAGCAAUGAAGGGUAAAAGGGUCAUUAUUGAUCCUCUAGAUCAGAAAGGGAUUAUGAAUAGAACUCUAAAUUCUCAAUUUGCUGGAAGUGUAAUUGAUUCCAUAUCAGAUGUCCUUUACAAAAACAAAAUCAAAGCACAUAAUAGAGAGGAAUUAUAUAAAGUUUGUAAGCAGCCAUUCACAACAAUUCCAAUCACGAUGUGGUUUCCAAAAAAUAGUUAUCUUGUGGAACCAAUCGAUGAAAAAUUAAUUUGGUAUCAAUGUUCUGGUUUAUUGCAAUAUUGGGCAUCAUUUGAAGAGGAUUCAAAAUAUUUAUCAUACACGGAUGUAUCAAAAGGACCGAAACCCAUGUCAGUAGAAAAUUUUUCAGCAACUUUUCAAAUUUGGUCGUUUGCUUGCGGUCUAGGAUUUAUUAUUUUUAUAUUAGAAAAAUUUUGUCGUGCUUUAGAGUCAAGCUGGACGAGGAUACAGACAAAUCCAGAUUUACAUGGUGUUACUUUCUUUGUUGUAAAACAUCAAUCUCAUAUGCAUAAGAAUCAAAGCACAGAAUCAACAGCGUGA